AUGACGGGUGCUUUGGAAGUUUGGAAGGCGGAGAAGCUUUCUGAGCAAAUCUGCUUCCUCGAUACCUACACCAAACAGCAUGAGCUGUUCUACGAGGCGCAGAAUGUGGAGAUGCGACAGAAGCUCCGGGGUGGUCGGGAGACAUUACUGCGGUUUCCGUGGCAGCCCUGGCAGCGACUUCGCUCUGAUGAGAUUCGCGGAGAGAGCGUGGCUGACGCCGACGUCCCCGAGGUCAGGCAGAGGCCUUCGUCUCAGAUGCCGACCCUCAUGAGAAGCCUGCACUCUCAUGGUGAGCUGGUGUACUCAGUGGAGAUGUGCAAACUUCGACGGGGAGUUGCACACCAGCAUCGGAGCCUUGCAGUUUGCAAAAACCACUUGAAAGCUCUCAAGGUGAACACAGGACUCUCUCAGACCUGGCUUACGAUGCUGUCGCCGCCUGAAGCACAUGUUCGAGUGCAGUGGCAGCCAUGCCACAGGCAUUAUCCUGAGAGAGAUUCUGGGCGAUUUUGUGUUGACGUUUUCGGCGUGCCCUGGCAUCUUUCCAGGCAGAUCGGUGCCACAGAUCUGCUUGCCUCGACGCCGCCGCCGCGCCGAUCCAGCAUCUGUGAGCAUCUCACGAAGAAAGCCGCCCAACUGGGGCUCCAGACCAGUGUGGUUUCUCAGGGCACAGCCUUCGUUCUCACAGGCACCCACGACAUAAUGCCAGACCCACAUACUGCUUCCGAGGAAGACUUGGCUCCCUUGCUGGCAGAAGCAAGGGCAGAGAACCCCGAAGAGGAGGAGGAUCUGCUGAAGGGCCUCGCACGGUGGAAAUUUACACUGGAGCAGCGCCAGCGUUACUUGCCAGCUCUGCCACGGCCUGGCUAUGGGAACGAUCUGCCCUUCUACUCGGCUCUGCAGCCUUUGCUCCCCUGCACGUGCAAGUUCUAUGACCAGCCACCUCCGCAAUCUCCAAGGCCAAACAAGCUGCAGGAAAUUUCGCAUCUUCUAAAGGCUGGCUCCUUCGAAACUGGCUCGGCCGAGCAAUAUAGAGAAGAGGCACGGCGCAUUUCCGUCAUCAAAAGUCUGACAUGGUCGGUGGAGAUGCCAGUGCUUCUCUGGCAGAUCGAGGCUGAUUGGGACUCAGACUUGAUGUGCUGGGCCGUGGCUGUGCCAGACACUCUGAGAGAUGCGGUGCAUCAGGAUCUAGAUGCACGAUUCUUCUUUGCGCCUGUGGAAGGGUGGAAACCUCCAGAAGAACUCCACUACGAUCUAGACUCCAGCUUCGCCGACGAGACCUUUCAGAAGUUAUUGCGGCACCAGGGUGCUGAGCCCGCCCCCUUGGCGUUCUUGCCGCUUCGAGGAUGGCAGCUGGUUGAGGACCCCAUCUUCCCUCGGCAAAAGCGGCGGUGUCGGCGCCGGCUGCGUGGCCUUCGUCUUGGUCGAUGCCUUCGGCGCCAGGGACUUCUUCAUCGUCGGCUUCGACUUGGCAUGCUCGGAGGUUGUCGGUAUUGGUGGCGGGUGGGUCGUAAAGGGCUCGGCUUGUUUUCUGUCGGCAAAGGCAGCAUCGAGGACGCGCCAUUUGACAUUCGUUGGUGGGAGCAGUCGUUGCGGCAGUACACUGAUGAGCAUGAGCUCACUCCCCUGGCAUUCAAACCACUGCAGAGCUGGGAGUGGCCUGUUGAGGACUCCAUGUUCCCCCGGCGUGUGCGGCGAAUCGGGCGCCGGCUGCGUGGCCUUCGUCUUGGUCGAUGCCUUCGGCGCAAGGGACUUCUUCAACGUCGGCUUCGACUUGGCAUGCUCGGAGGUUGUCGGUAUUGGUGGCGGGUGGGUCGUAAAGGGCUCGGCUUGUUUUCCGUCGGCAAAGGCAGCAUCGAGGACGCGCCAUUUGACAUUCGUUGGUGGGAGCAGUCGCUGCGGCAGUACACUGAUGAGCAUGAGCUCACUCCCCUGGCAUUCAAACCACUGCAGAGCUGGGAGUGGCCUGUUGAGGACCACAGGGUGUCCCACACAUUGGCGCUCGAAUCAGUGGCCUUCGUCUUGGUCGAUGCCUUCGGCGCCAUGGACUUCUUCAUCGUCGGCUUCGACUUGGCACGCUCGGAGGUUGUCGGCAGCAUCGAGGACGCGCCAUUUGACAUUCGUUGGUGGGAGCAGUCGUUGCGAAGGGAUCUUGCGACGUCCACCGAGACCGCGACGCCGUGGAGCUCUGAGUUGGCACUCCAGGCGUGGGCUGAGCUUCCAGCUGACGUGAUCGCAGACAGCGAUGAAUGGUCGGAGGAAGAGAUCACCCGGAGAGAGGAUCGCAUGGGAGUUGGCGUAGGGUGCCUGGGCUGGGGUGGGGUGGGGGGAGCGGAGCGGCGAAAGGAUCGGGGCUUGAUAUGGGACACCAUACCGGAGGACUACACACGCGAUGUCGCGCUAAAGAACCUUCAGAAGCGGCGAGAGGAGUACCGGAAAGAGCGCCGAGAUGCUUUCGAUGCAAUGGCAAAGAUCGGUGAGAAGUUGACCCAGUGGCCUGAGCAAGGGCGGUGGCCAGUGAAGCCUGCCCCGGAGAUGUUUCAAGCAAGGUUUCGGCUUGUUCUGGCAAGGCUGCAGCAACGCCGAUGCUGCCGCAAGUGCGAGGUUCGAGUGGGCACAACUUCUGCAUUGUCGAGGUUGGCAUGGAAAGUCGAGCAGCGGUAUCCUCUGCGGAAGACUGCGAAGACGGCAUGUGCGGAUCCUGAAAGCAGCGACAACCAGAAGUCGCAGCAAGUUGAGAAGGAGCAUAAGCCGCGCAAUAGGUUGGCAUUGAAAGUCAAGCAGCGGUAUCCUCUGCGGAAAACUGCGAAGACAGCGGAGGUAGAUCGUGAAGAUGAAGCGUCCGAGGAGACACCAAACGAUGAGAAAAAAGUCAGAGUGCGGAAGCUGGUGAAGAUCGAGCAGCGAUACCCUCUUCGCCCAGUCAGCCUGGAAGACAGGACGCAAGGGACGCCAAGGCCGAUCCUCCUCCAGCAGGCGCAGGAAAUGUUCGAGGACGACCAGACAGAUAUAGAGGAGCUGCGGAGGUCGCUGGGGGAGGGCCAUGCCCGCUUGGUUCGUGGCUCGUACCUUCGGAAGCUCUGGCAGCAGGGUCGCCCAUGGCCCCGGAGGCAGGAGGCUGAGGAAGAGGAAGCCAGGCUAGGCAAAGGGUCUAUUUUCCUGGACAGCACCGUGCUCCUCCAGUGUCUGAAAACAUGGGAUGCAGCUGACAUUGAGCAAAUGCGCGCGCAGCCGUUGAUAGUGGCGGUCUCCCAUGUCUGGGAGUCCAAACAGCAUCCUGAUCCAUACCGUCACCAGUUGAAGGCGAUCGUGAGCUGGAUGGACAGGAACCCGCCGCCAGAUGCAACGAGAGACGUCAAUCAGGUGAUGAAGAUCUUCAAAUGGAGGGGGUUUCCUUCGAAUGAGUACUUCUUCUUUAUUGAUUACCUGAGCCUCAACCAGUAUCGCCGUUUCUAUCUGCAAGAAGUUGGCUUCCGGCAAGCGCUCGGCAAUAUCCAGGUGUUCUACUCCCACUCGCUGACCCGAACGUGGCGGGUCGAAACGCUGACCGACCCGGAAGAGGCUUCCCGGCAGGUUGACACUGGCCUGCAGGUCUGCGUCUUCGACAAGCCCUCUGACACGGUAAGACCGGUCCCAGUUGGGGACUUGGAAGCCAACACCAUCCCUUACAGGAGGAGGGGCUGGUGUUUCGCUGAGCUUCAGUGGUCCCGCAACCGGUGGAAGUCCGAGCUGACAGUCGCCAUCGAUGAGGGAUCCGAGACAGCAGAGUAUGACGGCUGGGCCCCACCAUCUGCGGCGGUUGCACGAGCACACUUUGCGAAAAGUGGCUUGACAUUCACUUACAGUGGUGACACUGAAGUGGUCAUUGCGAGGAUCGACGAGGUCUUCGCGAAGAGCAAGGAGAAAUGCCGGCUGAAAGUUCUCCGCCUGCCCUCCGAAGAGGUUGAAAUGCUGGCUCUCUCCUUGGGCGACUUCUCUCGGCUCAGGAGCCUCACUUUGCAAAGCUGCCAGCUGGAGGCGGCCUGCUCCGAGACACUGGCACAUGCAUUGUCGACGUCCUCUGUGAGGGAGCUUCGUGUGGUGCAUUGCAAGGGGGCUGUGACGCUUUUGGAGGCGAUCAAGCACAGUACAACCUUGGCUGCCUUGAGCGUGGACGGCGAGCCCGGACAUUUCAUCGGCGACCAUGGAGCAAAGGUGCUCGCGAGCAUGGUGGAUCGGCAAAAAUCAGUUCUGACUGAAAUUCGCUUAGACGGCAGCGGGAUCGGAGACGCUGGCACUGAGGCUUUGGCAAAGUCAGCCUCCAAGAGCAGCGUGCUUCGAAUCCUCAGCCUGUGUCGCAACUGCAUCGGGGACGUCGGAGCGCAGGCGCUGGCCGAGAACUGUUGGGAUCUCCAGGAGGUGAUGCUAGACGACAACCACAUCGGAGACACCGGGGCAGAGGCCCUGGCGAAGCUCGCUUCAAAGAGUCUUGCGCUCCGGGUGCUAAGCCUCUGUCGCAACGACGUGGGAGACGGUGGGGCGGAGGCUUUCACCAAGAUGAUCCGGAGCAGCUCCUCCUUCAAGCGGAUCUUGCUGAAAUCCAAUGCGAACAUCACCGAUGCUGUAUGGCAGGAAUUCCUGCUCGCUUCCUGGCUUGCGGAGCACAGCCCCGGGCUCGCUUGCUUGGAUCUGAACAGCCGACCCGUUGGGGACGCUGGAGCAGAGGCUAUCGCGGCUGCCAUCGCAGGGAGCGUGUCGCUGAAGAUCAUUGCCUUGAGCGGAAGUGGCAUUGGUGACACUGGUGCGAAGGAGAUCGCGGAUGUCGCCAAAGGGCUAAGCCGGCUUUACCAAGUUGGCUUGGCCAACAACUGUAUCUGUGACUGCGGCACGCAGGCACUGGCAGCUGCUGUGAUGAUGAGCACGUCGCUCCGCGCACUUGGCUUGCGAGGCAACAGCGUCGGAGAUGAGGGAGCCACGGCCUUAGCCGCUGCAGCCAAGACGAGUAAGCAGCUCCGCAUUCUUGACUUGCGAGAGAAUGGCAUCGGCGACGAGGGAGCCGCGGCGCUGGCAGAGGCAGCCAAGACAAGCAAGUCGCUUCGGACGGUGGACUUGCGGGAUAAUCGCAUUGGAGAUGCGGGUGCCAAGGCUUUCUUCUCAGCUACGUGGUGCAUGUCUUCCUCGACGCAGACACUUUUGGAUGGCAAUCAUACAUCACAUGCUGGCACGAAGGUGAGUGCCGCGCUGUGGGCAAUCACGUGUCGUCGACGUGCUUCCAAACAAACGCUGGAUCUGUGUUACGCGAAUGUCGACGACGCCGUCAUGAAGGCCAUUGUGGAAUACCUCGAGGACUUCUCCUUUCGAGAUCUUCUGCUACAGGGCAACCGCAUCAGCGACCAGGGAGUCAAGGUGGUGGCCGCUUCAGCAGCCUUCGGCACCUCCGUGAAACGACUCAAGUUGGCAAGCAAUCGCGUCGGCGACAUUGGAGCUCAGGCUUUGGCCAAAGCGUUUUUGACGAGCGAAGUGAUCCUGGAAGCUGAUCUGAAGAACAAUCGGGUUGGAGACAAAGGGGCGCAGGCCCUGCUCGAAGCACUUCUGCAAUGUUCUUCGUUGAAGAGAAUCUGCCUGGAUGGGGCGAAAUCAUCAGUGGUGCCAGUGGUCCAUGCCGUCUCGGAGGUCAAGUGCUACGGUUGCUGGCUCAACCUCCGACAGAGAAAGCUUGCUUGUGUCGGUGCGAAGGCCCUGGUGCGUGCUGUCAGCGGACUCCCAGCUCUUGAGGGAGUGGUGCUCGAGGACAUCGAAAUGCCGGCCAGCGCAGCUAAGGCCGUUGCGCGAACCAUCGGGGCUCAUCCAAAGCUCCAGCGGCUUGACAUCCGGAGCUGCAAGUUUCGUGACCUCCACGUGCAGGCCAUCGCGGAAGCAACGACGGAACAACACAAUCUCGAGGAAAUGUCGCUUCGGAACAACGAGAUCGGCGACCUCGGAGCACAGGCAGUUGCCCAAGCCAUCAAGAGACUUCCCCGGCUGGAACGCGUGAACUUGGAGGAUAACGCGAUUGGAGACAGCGGAGCCAAGGCCAUUGCAGAGGCCGUCAAGGACCACUCCGAACUCAAGGAGCUUUCGCUGCGGAACAACAAAAUGGGCGACCUUGGAGCACAGGCUUUUCUCGAAGCAGUGCUGGAGAGCACCUCCUUCCCGGAAACUUUCUUGGACUGCUCGAGCUCCAAGGUGGCGCUGGUGGUCGAAGCUGCAUGGCAUACCAAGUUCGGCCGUACCAGUUGCUGGAGACUGGAUCUGAAACAGAAACAUCUUGAUGAUGUCGCCGCAGAGGCAGUUGCCCAAGCCAUCAAGAGACUUCCCCGGCUGGAACGCGUGAACUUGGAGGAGAACGAGAUUGGAGACAGCGGAGCCAAGGCCAUCGCAGAGGCCGUCAAGGACCACUCCAAGCUCGAGGAGCUUUCGCUUCGGAAGAACAAGAUCGGCAACGGUGCAGUGCAGGCCUUGGCGGAGGCGGUGCGGAUGAAUGCUUCACUGAAGACGGUGGCUAGCAAAGAAGGAGAGGAAAUUGACCACCAGGCGAGCACCGCGCUCUCUGUACUGGACCUCCGUGAAACAGGCAUGGGUGAUGCUGGAGCGCAGGCUUUUCUCGAAGCAGUGCUGGAGAGCACCUCCUUCCCGAAAACUUUCUUGGAUUGCUCGAGCUCCAAGGUGGCGCUGGUGGCCGAAGCUGCAUGGCAUACCAAGUUCGGCCGUAGCUGGAGAAUGGAUCUGGAACAGAAAAAUCUUGAUGAUGUCGCCGCAGAGGCCGUUGCCCAAGCCAUCAAGAGACUUCCCCGGCUGGAAGCCGUGUACUUGGAGGGUAACGAGAUUGGAGACAGCGGAGCCGAGGCCAUCGCAGAAGCCGUCAAGGACCACUCCAAGCUCAAGGCUUUUCUCGAAGCAGUGCUGGAGAGCACCUCCUUCCCGGAAACUGUCUUGGACUGCCCGACUUCGAAGGUUGCAGCGGUGGCCCAAGCCGCAUGGAACAUCAAGUUCGGCUCUGCACGGAGCAUCGAACUGGAGGAGAUGGAUCUUGAUGAUCCUGCCACGCAGGCUGUGGCACGUGCCAUCACGGGACUCCCAAUGCUCGAGUCCGUGUAUCUCAAGGACAACAAAAUCGGAGACAGCGGAGCCCAGGCCAUCGCCGAAGCCAUCAUGGAACACCCGACGCUCGCAGUGGUUUCGCUUCGGAACAACAGGAUCGGCGAAAUCGGAGCACAGGCCUUCGCUGAAGUUGAGAAGCAUCCACGUUUUCGGAAGAACCUUCCAGAGAAUGCUCUCAGAGAAGUGGGAGCCCAGGACGAAGAGUGUUCAGAAAAGCAGGAGGAGCAAGAGGAAGAGAUUACGGGAUGA